UGUCAUUGAUAGGCGGGUUUUAUUUUUCUGAAAGUGGACUCAAAUGAAGAAACGAAAGUGAAAAAAGCAGGAGGGCGUGAUCAACUAGUAGCCUAUACAGUAGGCUACUGACUAUCACGUCAUUUCCUCGUUGACCGGCAGAAAAAAAAGCACGAUGGACGAACAUCUUUAUCCCAUCACUGUAGAGGGAGAUUGGCGACCUGAACUCGCUAAAAGUGUGAAAAAUAAACUUCAGAUUUACUUUCAGAGUAAGAAGAAAUCUCAAGGAGGAGACUGCGUCGUUCAGUAUGACGGGAGCAACUUUGCUACAAUUCUGUUCAAAUCACCUGACAUUCGAGAUGGCGUACUCUCAAAGGCAGGACACAUUAUUAACAUUGACAAUCAACAAAUCAAGUUAAAAGUGUACAAACCCAGCGAUGAAGAAGAACAGACAGACAGCACUGAACAAAGAACGGAGCAGGCAUGUGAAUAUCAUGAACCAAAUCAAAGUGUCUCUCAGACUGAUGUGGAUGUGAAUAAGCUUCAAGAGUCAGGUGCGGUGGUCCUGGAGAACCUUCCAGAUGAUGUUAAACAAAAUGUUUUGACUCUUUUGGUGGAGAACAUCAGUAGUCUUCCUGAGAAUGACUUUAGCAUGGAAUUAAUACAAGAAUUAAGAAAAGCUGUUGUGACAUUUAAAAAUGCAAGUGCUGCAGAAAAGUUCCUUGUGGACAGCAGGGCACAUGAAAAGUUCAAGCAGUAUAAUCUGAGGGCCUGUGCACUGGAGAGAAGCACAUGUGUGCGGGUGGAGAAUCUUCCAGCUGAGGCCAACAACAACAAGAUGCUGCUGGAACUGUAUUUUGAGAAAUGGGGCGGUCCAGUAGAGGAAGUUAUCACAAUUCCAUCAGAGCAAGCAGCCAUUAUCAUCUUUAAGGAGGAAGAAGCCAAAGAGAGAGUUUUGAAGCAAGGAAAUGACAUCUGUGAUGUUCCAGUCAAGAUAUAUCCCUACUUUAAAUCACUGGAUACAAUCUUAUAUGGUGGCAAAAGACCCCAUCUGAAGCUGCCUGAACCCAUUACAGUCAGUGUACAUCCUGCCAUCAGGGAGUUCAUCCUCAAGAAAGAGCAGAUUUCCUCUAUUAAAGACCAGAUGAACUCACACUUCUGCCAAAUAAACAUGGACAAACCUGAAGUUUUGCUCAGUCCUGAUCCAGCAUUACUUCAUCAGAAACAAGAAACCAUUGAUGACUGGAGUAGGAAUGCCUUUGAUGCCUUCAAGAAAAUUAUCUCAAACUACACAACAUCUGAGUGGCUGGUGUCACACCCCCUUUUAUUCAAUGUGGAAACUAAUAUUAAGGAAGUUGUGAAGGAUCAGGUUUUUAUAGACUUGGAUGCCUCUAAAGGGGUCGUGACACUGGCAGGAAUGACCCAUGAGAUAAUUGGACUGAAACCCAUCAUAGAGAAGUUCUUAGAGAGAGGAACAAAUCAAAUGGAGAGAGAGAGGAACAAUGUGACAGAGGACAUGGAAAUUUCUCCUGCCAUGUACUCUUUGCUUGAACAAAAUGGCCUGAAAAGUGCUGUUUCUCCACACCUGCACAUUGACUACAACAAAAAAAUUAACAAACUAAUUUUUUCAGGUCUUCAUACAGAAACUCUCGUCUUCAAAAAUUGGGUCCUUGAGAAGAAAAUAAAUAUGAAACGAAAGCACUUACAGAUUGAACGUUCAAUCCUGGAGUUUCUGAGAUCUGUGGACUGUGAGGAAAUGUCCAGAAAUCUCUUCAUAUCUCAUGGAAUAACAGCUAUCUACACAAUUGAAAAUGAAGAUGUUGUUGUGGUUGGAAGCACAGAAAGAGCUCUUGGUGAUGCAGAGAAGAGGGUGAAAACAGUUCUUACAACCAAAGGCCUCAAUGUAGAAGACCAGAGUGUCCUUCAAAAGACAGAGUGGCAGGAUCUCAAAAAACAACUGGAGAAUUUGUUCAGUACUCCCAAAAAGAUAUCUGUGUUGAUAAAACUUUCCAAAAAGAGAGACAAAGUAAUAGUGACUGGAUUCAGAAAAUCUGUAAUGCAGGUCAGCGAGAACUUAGGACGUUUCAUUGAGAAACACACUAGAAUCACAGAAAAGGUUCGUGUCAAAUCACAUGCUGUGGUUGAUUUCAUAAAAGAUAGAAAAUCACAAGACUGGCAGCAUUUUAUUAAGUCUAAUGUGGUGAAAGUGAAUUUUGAUUCAAUGAGGCCCUGGAUCAAACUGUCUGGAGAGCGUACAUUUGUCCAACCAGCUGAUACUUUCUUUAAAUGUUUGGCAGAUGAUCUCUACACAGACACAUUGAUCAUUAAAAAGGCAGGAGUAAAGAAAUACUUCUUGGAGCAGGGUAAAAUGAUGCUCUCAAUGCUGUUGAAGGAAAAAAGAUUUGUGGUGGUUCUUCAGGAAGAUGAUAUGCUGGAAGAGGAGGAAGAUGAAUUUACUGAAGGAAGUUUAGAAGAUAUUGGCCAAGUCUCUUGUGAGGUCAGAAUACCAGGUGGAGUAACUGUUACUGUCAGGAAGGCAGACAUUUGCAAGAUCAAUGUUGAUGCUGUGGUCAAUGCUGCUAAUGAAGAUCUGAAGCACAGCGGUGGUGUAGCUUUAGCACUUCUUCAAGCUGCUGGACCAAGUCUGCAGCAAACCUGUGACCAACACACAAAAGUAAAUGGGCCUCUGAAGCCUGGAGAAGCUAUCAUCACUGAUGCUGGUCGUCUUCCCUGUAAAUAUGUGGUGCACGCUGUUGGACCUCGCUUCACCGAUUCAGACAGACUUACCACUGUGCAACGCCUGAGAUGUGCUGUGAGGGAAAGUCUGAACCAGGCGUCAAGCAGAAACUGCUCCUCUAUUGCAAUUCCAGUUAUUAGCUCAGGGAUAUUUGGUUGUCCUCUUGAUCUUUGCACUGAAUCAAUUGCCCAGGAGGUGCAUGAGUACAUUGAGUAUCAUAACCACGGAGGCUCUAAUAGCACAUUAACUAAAAUUCACUUGGUUGACAAUAAUGGCAGUACAGUGAAUGCCAUGACUCAAGCUGUCAGAAAGGAGUUUGCUACUUACAACCCUCGUUGGUAUACCAACUAUGGACAAGGCUAUCGAGAUGCUGCCCAUGGUCGUGGUCGUGGUCGUGGUCGUGGUCGUGGCCGUGGCCGUGGCUGUGGCUGUGUUCAUGGUCGUGGUCGUGGUCGUGGUUGUGGUUAUGGCCGUGGAAACUAUGGCCAAAGAAACCAAGAGUUUAAAGGUUCCAAAGGUCGUGGUAAUGGAGACUUUGAAAGACAAGCACACUUCAGAAGAGAUUCAAACUCUGGUGGCAGACCAGAUAUAUCUGAAAGGUUGAUUGUUCUUGAGACCAAAAUUACACGAGACGGACUAAAAAUCAUUCUGAGCAAAGGCAACAUUCAGGAUGCACAUGCUGAUGUCAUUGUAAACACUAUAUCAGAGGACUUGGACCUCAGUAAAGGUGCCAUCUCCACAGCAUUACUUCAGACUGCUGGUCAUCAGCUCCAGUCAGAAGUCACCAGAACUGCUCGCUUAAACAAUGUGAAUUAUGGUGAAAUGGUCAUCACAAAUGGUUAUAACCUGAAAUGUAAAACAGUCUUCCAUGUAGUUUGCCCAUUUUGGAAAGGCUCAGAAGAUAAGAUAAUCAUUCAGAUCAUAAGAGAUUGCCUGAUAAAAGCAGAAAAGUGGAGAAUGGCUUCAGUCGUCUUCCCAGCUAUCGGGACUGGGAAUCUUGGCUUUCCUAAAGAUCUGGUGGCCAGAAUCAUGCUGACAGAAGUCCAGGAUUUUAAGCCUACAAACCUUCGAGAGGUAACUGUGAUUGUGCACCCUUCUGACAAGGAGAGUGUUCAGUGCUUUACCAGCAUCUUUAGACAUGGGAUUCAGGGUCCCAUCACAACUGAAACACAGAAAAAUGUUUCUGGCAAAUCAUCUCACACUUCUGAGCUUGUUGGCAAAGUCUCCUCUCCCUCUCUUGGGGUGCACACUAUGCAGAUGGGUCAAGUGACUCUGGAGGUUUCUUCAGGAGACAUAACACAAGAAAAAACUGAUGCCAUUGUUAACUCCUCGAAUAAGACAUUUUCUCUGAAAGCAGGAGUAUCCAAGGCCAUAUUAGAUGCUGCUGGAGUACAAGUGGAACAAGAAUGUUCACAAAUUGUGGGAUCAUCAAAUACACAGCAAACAGAGAUUGUGACUUCAGCUGGGCAGCUUCCAUGUAGAAACAUCAUCCAUGUUAUUGGAUGCAGUAGUCCAUCUGACAUUAAGGAUGUUGUUUUGUCUGUUCUGAAGUUAUGUGAGGCACGCCAGAUUACUUCUGUUGCGUUCCCAGCCCUUGGCACUGGUCAGGGUGGUGCAAAACCAGCUGAUGUUGCAGAUGCAAUGGUUGAUGCAGUUGUUGACUUUGUAAAGAAAAAUAAACCAGUACAUGUACGGCUUGUGAAGUUUCUUAUAUUCCAAGCAAACAUGGUGGUAGACUUUCACCAAAGCAUGAUCAGAAGAUCUGGUGAGAAAGUAGAGGAGGAUAAAGGUCUGCUUACCAGAUUUAGAGACUUUUUUGGAGAGGAAAGUUCAGAAUUUACCCCAAAGGAAGAAUUUGUGAUGGUGGGAGAAGAUAUUGAACCAGCUGUGUUUCAACUGUGUGGGGAGACACCAGAGGACCUGAGUGAAGCCAAGGACAUAAUCAACAGCUUGAUAUUACGGGAGCAUGUGACCAUCCCAAUCCGUGAUCCAGCAAUUACUCAUUUCACCAGAGAGGAUGGAGAAAUGCUGAACGCCAUGCAGAGUGAGCUCACAAUCAGUGUCCGGCUUGAGAAGAAAGGCCAAGACUCUGUCAUCACACUGGAGGGUCUGACAAGAGACGUUCACACUGCAGAGAGUCGUAUUCGGGACAUGAUCAGAAAGGUGGAAAGGAAUGAAACCCGAAGAAGUGAAGCUUUUAUAAUCAGAAAUGUGGUUAGGUGGCAAUAUCAGGAAAAUGGACACAGCAUCAAAACCUUUGAUAUGUUGACCAAUUAUGACCUGGAACAGGCCUAUCAGAAGAGACUGCCUUCAGUGAAAAUCAAGAUUAAUAAUGAUGAAUAUGAGGCUGAUUUAGUUCUCAAAGAGGCCACAAGAGGGAGUCUGAGGAUUACGUUAAGUAGAGUAGAACUGGAAGAUUGAAAGAGUCCAGAACAGUGCACUUUGGAGAAACUACAUGAUCAAAAAGGUGUAACUAGAAGAUAAAAACAAGCACAAAAACAAUGAAAAACAUCUGUUCCAUUGAACUGGCUCUGAUAAGACAGAUCAGAUCAACCAUAACAACUUCAAUCACAGCUUCACUGGCAUGAAUGGUAUCAGCCAAAUUCAGUAUAAACUGAUUGUAGGAGCCAUGUAUGGUACAUAUUUUGCAGUGGGCCAGAGUUACACAGCCCAAGGGUAAACCUAAUGCCAGCACACUUAAACACAUACUUCGCCAAGGUAUUUGUCUGCGAUUUUCAGUUCAAUUUUGUUAACCCUGCGAAGAGCUCCAAUAGUGCUGAUCUCUAUAACAGUGAGACUGACAACAUGACAAACCCAACAAUGUUUGUGAUCUUCAGAGAUGUACAGGCUUGCCCAGAAUACCUAAUCAUUUUCCAUUAAUGAUUAUGAGAUCUCAUUUUCUGUUAGUGUUUUUGUUGUUGUUUUACAUUGAUUUGGUGAAGCUAAACAUAAUCUAUAAAUAUGUA